AUGCGAGUGCUGGCAGCGCUGGCGGGGUGGGCCAUUUUCGUUUGGCACGCGGGCGCCGCGCGAUGGGAAUCCCGGGGGUCCUCGAAGCAGGUCUUGAAGAUCCGCGUGUUCUGGGUUCGGCACGGGCUGUCCUGUGCCAACGUGCUCCAGUACAAGUGCAGCAAGGACCCGGGCCAAGUGGAGGACUUCUUUCAAGACCAUCGGGGCGAGCUUGAGGCGUCGCUGCGGAAGCACUUCGGCCUUUCAGGGGCCCGGAACGGCGGCGCUGCGGAGGAGCGGCGCCUGGGCAGAAACUUCUCAGAGCAGGCGCAGCUGGAUGAGGGCUACAAGAUCAAGUCCUCGGGCGCCGAUGCCUUCUGCGGCUUUCAGGAGCUGGCCAACGAAGAUGCAGACCCUGCCAAGGGCCCAGGCGUAUGCAGCUGCAUGGUGGAGAGGUUUCCAGGCGACACGGAGCUGCACGAGUGGAUGGGCAAGAAAUCCCCCAGCUGCGCCCAAAGCUGCCAAGAGCCCAACUGCUGCGGGGGCAUCAUUCCCCUCCACGGCCUCUACCAGGAUCCUUUGCUUACAGACUGCGCCGCCUUCCAGUCUCAGCAGGCCGGGCGCCGCUUUUUGGAGCACCUGGCGAACAUCGGCUUCCCGCAGCUGGACUUUGUGGGCUCCAGCAAUCUCAUGCGCGCCAUGGAGACGGCCUACAACAUGUUCUUCUUGGGCCCCAAGGGCAACGAGACCUUGGCAUCGCUGGUGCCUGCGCAGUUGACGCCAAUGCCCUACAUGAUAGAGAAGCACCACGGGGAGCACGGCUUCGUGCAGAUGGACAACAUCCCUUUCGAGUCUGAAGAGCAGCUGCAGAUCCUGCAGGAGCUUCACCCUGAGCUCAUGGAGGUGCUUGACCUCAGAUUUCGGGAGGAGAACUUUCCUGCGGACAUGCAGCACUGGGAGAAGUUCAAAGCAGUGCUCGCGCUGGAGCUGGUGCCAAGACUCCGCCCGGAGUUGAGGCCGGCGGCUUCUUUGCGUCCGGUGCUGGAGGAGGGAGCUUUGGAUUUGGAAUCCCACGCCGGGCACCGAGGCGCGAUGUCCAACGGCCUGCACUGGACGGACUCAAUGAAGGAGCACUACAGCCUCGGCGAGGAUUUCGAUUUGGACGACUACUUGGCCACCUCCUCGUCGCCAGGCUUGCGGGAGUUGAAUGUGGCAUUGGUGGGCCACAGCCAGACGAUGAUGGAGUACUGCUUCCGCGAGAAGCCGGCGAUGAACAACGGCAUCUACGAGAAGCUGUUUAUCCUGGAGAUUGACGAGGAUCUUGCGAGCACAUCCCGACAUGUCACCAUGAGGGAGCUUGCAGCGGACGGGGUGCGGCUGGCUGACGGAUCCGCGGUGGGAUGCCGGGAGGUGAUGUCGGUGCCAGAGAUGGUGAAGGACUUCGAAGCUCGGGACGUGCAGACCUGCGCCAAAGGCCCCUGGAACCCUUUGGAGAUCCUGCGCCUCAAGCAAGACAGCAGCGGACUCUCUGCGUGUGAGCGGCCCUUCACCGAAGAUCGCUUCGCCUUCCCCAGUGAUCUGCCAAAGUAA